CAGCUUGGGGUAAACCUAGCUCCAGGUUUUGCAGUCGCUUCAACCCACUCCUCACAUCCGGAAGGGAAAUCUACAGCUUAUGACUCCACAAUUCCUCUAUGAUCCUGGGAUUCAAAUCCCUGGGGGCCUCCCAGAUUCAAGCUCAUUCACAUUCAUUCUCAUCCUCUCACAGUCGCUUUCUCUUUCCCCAGACUCCUAACAAGACAAGAAGAUCCUCCCCAGAGGCGCUCUCUUUCAUUCAUCCCCUCCCAACACACACACACACACACACACACACACACACACACACACACACACACACACACACACUCGCGUGAGCACACACGCUCACACACCGACCUAGACAGCCCACCGCACUUUCCAGACGCCCACCUCCUGCACACUCCCCUCCCCUAAAAGACAUUCACCCACUCACCAGCUGUAGCCUCUUCCAUCCCCCGCCCUCCGCCCGGCUCCCCCUCCUCAAGAAGCCGACCCUCGCGCUAGGAGGUAAGGACCCCCGGCAGACGCACUGCACGGGCGCGCCGCACUGACCUCCGCCCGCCCUGCAAGCAGAUUAACAAAGGCGGCGGCGAGCCCCGGUCCGAAAACGGAAAGCUGGCUGCGGGGUCCGGAGCCUGAGCCCAGUAGGAGAGCGAGCAGCGCGGGCAGCUCUGAAGUCGCAGGAUACAGCCUGAGCUCCCAGAUCUCUCUCAAGAGGCGCUGCUGGGACACUGGCCGCACCAUGGGCUGCUGCACCGGGCGCUGCUCGCUGGUCUGUCUCUGCGCACUGCAGCUGCUUUCAGCUUUGGAGAGGCAGAUCUUUGACUUCCUCGGCUUCCAGUGGGCACCCAUUCUUGGAAAUUUCCUGCAUAUAAUAGUUGUCAUAUUGGGUCUGUUUGGAACCAUUCAGUAUAGACCACGUUACAUCAUGGUGUAUACAGUGUGGACUGCCCUCUGGGUCACCUGGAAUGUGUUCAUCAUCUGCUUUUAUUUGGAAGUAGGAGGCCUCUCUAAGGACACAGAUCUGAUGACCUUCAACAUCUCUGUACAUCGGUCAUGGUGGAGGGAACAUGGACCUGGCUGUGUCCGGAGAGUGCUACCACCAUCAGCCCAUGACAUGAUGGAUGACUACACAUAUGUCUCAGUCACAGGCUGUGUCGUCGAUUUCCAGUACCUAGAGGUCAUCCACAGUGCUGUACAAAUACUGCUAUCUCUGGUUGGUUUUGUGUAUGCCUGUUAUGUGAUCAGCAUUUCCAUGGAAGAAGAAGACACCUUUGAUUUCAUAGGUGGACUAGACGCGCACUCCCACUACCGGGAUCAUGUUGAGUUAAAGCCUGUUAAACCUGUCGAAAUAAGUAAUGACAUUGACUCUGAAAUGCGGCUCCUGGACUUGAGUUAGGGAACAAAGCACCAUUGGCCUCUAGCUCUGGGGAUCCUACAGCGUCACCUUCCUCCUAGACAGCAGGACUGCGCCCCCUGCCGACCAGAGAACACGGAGCUGCGAGGUCUUUGGUGUCAGCCUGUGUUAACAUUAGCGUUGUUUGCUAGAUGCGUUCUGGGUGCUUGGGUGGGUAUUUUUUUGUUUUUGUUUUUAAGUCAUCUUAUAUGAGCACUUGUAAAUUGUAAAAAAAAAUGGUUUUUAAUUUUUUCUUAAUUUAACUUGAGGCAUGCAAAAUGAAAAAAAAAAAAAAUCUGUGAAAAUCUUCUCCAAGUCAUUUCUAAGGGAACUGUCUGUGUUGUUGAACUGUGACAUCCAGGUUGCUGGCCACUGAACCCUGUUAAGCUAAUGGAUCUGUGUACGCAGACGUUGCCUAUGGGCAUCAGACACAAGGGUAGACCUGUGGCAGAUCACACAAAGACUGGAUCCAACUUUCGAACUGAACACAGACCACUGCUUCAACAGUACCAGACGCAGACAAAACAUGGAGUCCUUUGUUCUGAAUCUCUAAAGAGUCCACAACAAUAUUCUGGCAAUCUAACCCUGGAGAUUCAUGUAUCUCUUGUUCUUGUCAUAUUCUGAGACACACACACACACACUUAUAUGUGUGUGUGUGUGUGUGUGUGUGUGUGUGUGUGUGUGUGUUUAUAUUAUGAUGGAGUGCAAAGGCAGAAAUGAUGAGUGGGGACCCUUCCACUAUGCAGGAAGUUGGCUGUCAGUGAGGUUCGUAUUUUCUGCACUUUGUUUCACUCCCAGCAAUGAUGUCAGACCUAAACAUACAGCUCGAGGGCUGUGGGACAGAAAUCACGGCCAUAAAUCUGUAGCCAAGUACUUUUAGGAUAUUCAAAGGGAACAUUCAAAUGCGGCAGAAUUCACUACUGAAAUCUGUAAUGAAAAUAUUUCUGCUUGAGUUACAUCCAUUUUUCUUUUUUUCCCAUUGAUCCCAAUAAUCAAAAGAAUUAAGUGAAAACCCUAAUUUUCUAAGGGGGAAAAUAGGUUCAUCGUGGAAAAAGUAUCACAAUUGUGGGGCUUUUUAGAUUCAAAUAAAAUAUAUGUACGGUGAAAUGCAUAGAUUUUAAGAGUACAAUGAGAAAUGUACAAACUGAAUGACCAAUGCUUUGACCCAAAUACAGAACAUGUCUGACACUUUAGGAUCCUUCCUCUGGCCCCUUUUCUAUCCGUCUCCAUGAUGCUGUUGACCCCCAACAAAUAUGACAUUAGAAACUACAGUGUGCUUCACUUAGUCUGCUCAUGCAAACUGGUUUUUACCAAAUAUCUGGCCAUUGUGAUGUGGCCAAAUAGAUUGAUAAGAAUCCAUUGGUUUCCAGUUGAUUCUCACAGCUGAGAUUUAACUGCAUCGCUGACGAACUGCCUGCUCACCAUGUAGGGCAGGUAUUUGUCACCGCAGUGUUUUCUGUCCCUGCAUUAGUUCCCAUGUGAAAAGCCAUUUUGCUCCUUUCAUACACACAUGAAAAUUAAGUUUUUUCUUCAUCCCUGUUCUGUCUGUUCACUGUUUGCCCCAGAGAGAGUCCAGUGCAGCUCGAAUAUCUCUAAGGCACCCUUGAAUUAAUUAAGGCACACUGGUAUUGGUACAAAGUUUUGUAUGUUUGUGAAAGUCUCUCUGUUCCCUCUUCUCCCUCUUAUGUACAUAGAUUCCAUGGGUCUGCUAACUAUCAGAAUUUAAUGCAGUCACCUCGAAUUGACAAGGAGCUCUUAAAACCUUAAAGGUGGUGCCAUCGAACUCCCACUUGAGGAGCCCAGGGAGAAGAAUGACACAAAGCCCAAGUCUUGUCACACAACCACCUUGACACCAAGCCUUGUCAGUCAUGGCCAACCUGGCUCCACGCUCAGCCUUCUUUCAAGUGAAUGACUUGUUCUUCCUUGGACCAUCCCGCUAUGUUAUGCAGCAAUGCUGGAGCUAGGAUGCCAUCAACUUACUUAUGGGGACACCCAAUCAUGUUCCAAAGCCAGCAAACAUUAGGCAGAAGGAUAGAUGGGUUAGAGAACUCGCAGACAUGGACUGUCUUGGGCAUGGGGCAGUCCACAUCAGACAAAAACUGUAAGAGUGUGUUCUCCAAUGACCUUAGCCUCCUUCUCACUGCCAUAGAAAGGGAGAGGUUGUGUCUCUGAAACAAAAAAAAAAAGUCUUCAUACUUCUCUAAACCUUGAAUGUGGUUGGUUCACUUUGUUUUGAGAGAAGAGCAUGACAUCUUGUUCUAGCAAAAUAUUGACUCAUUUUCCUAGUUCUUUGGUAAAACAAGUCUUGCCAUUUGCAUAAACCCAAAUAAAAGAGGUAGCUUUCUUUUACUAGCUCAAUCCGACAGGAUACAACAAGAUGGCUGGCUACCUAUUCCAUCUAAUGAAACAGAUCAUUUCUGAUAAGGGAAAUGUGUCUUUAGAAUCAACUAAAAUGUGUGUUGUGAAGCCAAGAGAAGCGGUCAUGAUUAAAUCGAGGAGCAAACAAAAAACAAAAUUAUACUUUUUGUCUCUGAAAAUUAGAUUCUUGCCAAGAUUAAACAGAACUUCAUUUUAAUCCUAAUUUUAAAAAUUACAUUCCCAAAAUGGUCUCACUAUGAAAAACAUUCUGGGUGUGUGGUUUUUAAAAACAAAUGCUUAUCACUUGUGAGUGAAGGUCACUUUAAUAAGGAAUUUGGAAAAAACUUUACAGAUUGAUUAGAGUUCUGACUUGACAUUUUAGCCCGAGACAGUAUCUGGUUUCUAACAAGGACUGAAUGAAAAAAGUAGGAAAAGAAUACAAAUAAAGGAUGCGUUAUGGACUGGCCACAGGCAGCUCAGAUAAAAACAAGCUCAAUACAGAUAUUUCUAUGCUAAUCAACUAGCUCCAGGAUGGCUUAAUAUGUUCCUGAACUAGCCUUAACCUGUGAACAAAGCUACUGCCCAAUGAAAUGAUACAAACUUGGGUCUUUGAGAGCUGCCCUUCGACCAGGCUUCUCUAGACUCUGUUGAUACUCAUCAGCAACAGGACAUAGAAACUGGCUUCUGGUGUGGCCCUGGUCUCAGUGACUGUUGAACUUCUAGCACCAUUGUUGAGCUUACACAGGUCCACGGAGAAUUAACCAUUUUCCUUGAACUUGCAUUCAUAUAACAGGCAUGGAUCCUAUUAAAUGGUAAAUUUUUUUUAAAUGAAAUAUCCAAAUGAUCCAAAUGGACAUUGGCUUGAACUUGAGAGAGAAGUUAAAAGAAUAAAGGGAUGGAGGGGAAGAGCAGCAAAGAAGGAGCAGAGUGAAGAGUAGUUUGAAAGAAUGGAAACGGGAAGGUACGCCAUCUUGAUUUGGAUAAUGCCAGUUUUACUCCUUUGGUCAAAUGGCUUUGUUUGUUUCACUGAGAGAAAACACUGAAGCACCUUUUCACUCCUCUUUAGAGCUGAUAAGAAGUAGUCUUAUGAAAUUGAUGAUCUGGGUGGUUUUCGGUUUCCCUCAUAGUAUCUACUUUUAUAAAUAACCAGACAGUCUACUUUACAAUUAAGUUGUACCACAAACAACCAUUACCACCAACAACACUAACAAUGAAACAACAGCAGCUUAACUAAGAGAGUUGUCUAUUCCUCUUCAUAUUCUAAAGUUCUAGACACCAUCAGCAGAGAUCAGUAUAGGAGCUUCUUAGAGAGCCUGACCUCUUACUGCUUCAUACUUUGUAGCUAUGGUUCUCAAAUCAUAACAACAUUCAGAAUGACUGCUGAAGCUUAUGUCUGGAUUUUUAGUUCUAGCCAAAAGAACUGAAAGAGAAGAAAGGCAAAUAGAAUGGCAUUUCUUUUGUUUGAGGACAAGUCUCAGAAGCUGACUUAGGGCAUGCCUACUUACAUCAUUUGCUAAAGUUUGGUCUACAGCAAACUUUGUUACAAAAAAUGCUGGGCACUAGAGCCUAUAUUCUAGAUGAUAUUCUAUCCAUCUAAAACUAGUAAACACAUAUAGUAGAAUGUUGAGCUGCCUUUUGCACAUACUUCAAGAGCACCAUCUUGUUGAAGUGAAGGUCUCAAUUUUUAAUUUUUAUAGAUUGUACAAAAAAGAGACAUAUACUUUCUAAUAUUGCGAAAAUAUCGUCAUUAGUUCAAUGAAAUAAAACUGUCUCCUUCUUGCUUUCUUUUCUGGUCUUUAUGGUCAGAAAGAAAACAAUAUAUGAUGUUAGAUUGUCCAGUGUUCCAUUAAUUCUGUAGAAAGUAUGUUGGUUUUUCUGCUCUUGCAGUGACUCUAACUUAAAAAGCCAGUACAAUUCAGGGCUCAGUCCACACAUAACAGCACCAACAGGUUAAUUCUACCACUGUAAAACAGUUGAACUCUGUUGUACAACAUCUUCUGAACUAAUCAAUAAAGUCUUUAUUUUAUUGCUAUUUAAUUCAACAAGUACCUAGAGUAUUCAGUGCUUAGGAAAGUGGAUCAGGAAAUACGUACAAUGUGUGAUUUUUUGUACAUCCUUGUCUUGUUCCUGAUUGGCAUGAGUUUCUUUUCAUUUGACCAUUUUUGUUCUGUUCUUUUUCUCUGGGUUAAAAUUGAGCUCAGCCAAGCACAGUGGCACAGGCCUAUAACCUCUACUACAUGGGAGGGCGAGGCUGAAUGAACACAGAUUCGAGAGCAGCCUAGGUGGUUUAGUGAGACUCUUUCACAAAAAUUAAAAAUGGAAGAGGAAAAAAAAAAGGAGGGAGAGGGAAAAGGAGAAAGAGGAGGAGGAGGAAGAAGAGGAAGAGGAGGACGAUGAGGACGAGGACAAGGACAAGGGUAAGGAAGAUGAGGAGGAAAAAGAGGUUGCUGUUGCUCUGAAGUUUAAUGUUUAAAAAGGUGGCUGGAGAAGCACUUCCAUUGAGGAGCACAUGACUAUCAUUGAAGCCAAGACCCUAGAUUCCAUUACCAGAACUACAAGAGCUAAAUGGCAGGGAGAGGGGGAGAGUACAUUUUUAAAAGUUGGUUGAACUCUCUAUUCACUUUUUUUUUUCUUGAAAACAAAAUACAUUUUUGAGAAACUUAAAAUUGAGAAAAUUUAUAAAAAAAUUUUAUCAUUAGACUUCACUGUGCCCUUUUCCUAGACUGUGUGCUCCAGAUAUUGCUUAUUUAAGAACACUCUAGAAAAAUGAUUUUGGAGAUGGAAGAGUGCUUCUCAUAGUCUUUCUUAGCAUAAAUUGCCUCCAAAUGCAGCUAACACAACAGAUAUUUUCAAAAUGAUUAUGUGAGCUGGACUCUAACACUCAGGAGCCUGAAGUGGCAAUAUUGCUUGAAAACAGAAGUAUAAAGCCAGCUUGAGCGGAAGAGCAGGAUGUCAUUUUAGAAAUUUAUAUAAGCACGGAGGCAAAAAAAGAUGCUUCAAUGUUGAGUCACUUGCCUGCGUCUCUUACAAAGUACCCAAGUUAAGUUCCCAGCAUCCACACUGGGUAGCUCACAACUGUAAUUCUAGUUCCAGGGGAUCUGACUCCCACUUUUAACCUUUGCAGUUACCUGGACUCAGGUGCACACACCCAUAGGAGUAUAUGCUCUUUUACUGCAAGCUAAACACAUAGCACUGGAAAGACCUACGGUGUCUCCCUAUGCCCAUUUGAGGAGGAGAACACUGAGGCUGGUCACAGAGGUGAAAUCACCAGGUGUCCUAUUAUAUCUGUGAAUCAGUCUAGCCUCUUUCCUCUACAUUCAUUCCUCAUCUGUCUUUUUAUGGAGUCCCUACAGACCAGGCUUUUCGUGGCUGGCUGUUUUGUGGUGAAUUUGAUGCAGAUCUGCAUAGCUCUGGAUGUUCAGGUUGUGGGCUCCUGGCAAGCAGACACAUGCUGCUGUCCUCCUCUCCAUCACCUGCCUCUCCUUUUUUCUUAGCAGAAUCGCUAGCCUAAGGACAUUAGUAUUCUCUCCAUUUUGUUAUUGUUUGUUUUGUUUUGCUUGUUUUAUCAACUUCAUUUUGUCUUCUGGAGGAGGGGGGGGGGUGUUGUAAUUAGAAAUCCCUGAGCACAGGUCACUGCUUUCUCUCUGUUUUGUUUUAUUUUUUUAAGAUUCGUUUCUUUAUUCUAUGUUUACGAGUACUUUGUCUUCAUGCACACCAGAAGAAGGCCUGAGAUCCCAGUACGGAUAAUUGUGAUUUUGCUUUCCACAAGACAGACCAGCUUAGUCUCCCUGUGUCUGCUCUCUUCGUUUGCACCUUAAACACAAUUUUGUGUGCUCUGAACAACCUGCACACUGCGUUUACCAGCCAGCACUCAGACAGCUUACUUUUAACUGUUAGAUGACAGUCCUGGGAAGUGAACGUGCUACUAACUUGCUCAAAGCCACUUUUUGACUGCUUGUUACAGUUUCAGCUUCCCUUGCUCAACGGGGAUCACUCUUUUCCUUCUGGCAUCUUAAAUUCUAACCAUAAAGCUUAUUCGCUGCCUAGAGUUUCACAAAAUAGUUUAUGAAGACCACCUGCAGUCUCAUAUCAAAGUCAGAGCCCAGUAAUUAAAGUUACUAUAUUGAAUUCAGGUCUUGAGACUAGAAACAGGUACUGAGGAUAUAACUCAUCCAUAGAGUGCUUGCCCAGCACAUGUGAGGCACAGAGUUCAAUCCUCAGUUCCAUUAGUACGUAAAUAAAUAAACAGAUAACAGAAAGAGGUAAUGCUGUGAGCCAGCUUUCCAGCUCCUUCACUGUGUCAAACAUACUCUCCUUCUCGUUACUGGGGGGUGGGGGGGAAUUAUAAACAGUUUGUAAUAAUAGAUCCAUUUAUUCAUCCGAUAUACAUAGGCAUUUAUUUGGGUUCUCCAUAACUUUUCAUCUUUAUCAUGCAUUUAAGAUCCCACCACUCACAGGGCUUGGUGCAUUAUGCAAAUUAUAAUGUAUGGAGUAGUAAGUUAAAUAUCUCUGUUUGUUUGUUCCGUUGAGAUCCUUGAAUGGCAUGGAGCUCAGACACCCACCCACCUGCCACUGCCUCCUGAGUGCUGGGAUUAAAGGCCGGUGCCACAAUCCCAGCCUGUGAGUUAGGUCUCUAAGACUACAACCCUUGAGUUCUUACUCUUGUGGCUUACAUAAUUUUAGUUUUCAGAGGGCUCAUUAGUUCAUUUCAUUGUGUUUAAACCACAUGCUUCAUAUAGUGGAUUUAAAACAUCAGUUGGCAACUGUUAGACUUUUUAGGAACACAAGGAAAGGUAUUGAUGACAGAUGUCAAACUACCUGAAAUAUGCCCAGAGAUCAAAGCCCCUCCACUGGCUCAAAAAUGCCCCUGUGGUCUUAGGUCUGCCGGGUCUGCUUUGACUCAAUCCUUGCCAAAGUAGGAAGUGUGGGUAGUGAUGUCAGCAAGUUUCUGGGCUUGUUUGCUUAUUUCUCCUUUGUUUCGGGACCCCUGCCAUCUACCUUCCUUGAUUUCCUCCCCAGGAACCUUGCAUUUCCAUACCCAUAACUAAGGAGCUGCAUAAUAAUUAAACACAACGUUUAAGAAAGUGAGAGUGUUCCUUUAAAUUCUGCUGGGGAUCUGCGCUGCCACAUGGCAGAUGCGGCUAGAAGCACGGAGUAUUAUUAGCAUCAGUAAUAAUUGCAAUAAAAGCAUGCCUCGUUCUCUUUUAAAGAUGUAGAUGUUACAUUUUUUUCUUUCCAUUUCACAUAGCUCAAGGGAAACGUGGGUGUGAACACUUCAAAACACUUUGGCGUCCUCGAGGGACAACCCUGAAGUGAAGAGAGUGGGAAUUAAUAUCCACAUCAGUUCCUAGAGCAAAAUGCCUGACAUAGAAUAACGAAGCAAUUUCUCAUCCUCUUCUAGUAACUUGUAGGUGAGAGUUCCCAGCAAGAUCCCCUGGGCUGGAAACAGUGACAAAUUUCUGACUUUGUAGGGUUAUUUCCCUGAGACUUCUUACAUAUGACAAGAACGCUGCUGCCUAGCAACCUCUUGCACACACAGCAGAACCAAGGAGCAAAAGACAGACAAAAAGGUCUCGGCUACUCCCGAUAGGUUUUUCAUAUUCUGUGUUCUGAAAGUCCUGAGCUCUCUUCAGAGGGAAGCUCUCCAGCCUAGUAUUUAUUAUUCUUAAUUAAAAGACAACUUGGAUUUGCUUUAAUAAAGUAAUUCUCAAGCACCCAGCAGAUUAAGGAGCAGGAAACACAAAACGUAGCUACUGCAGAGAACAUGCAGAAAUGCUGGCAAACACACUGCCUCUGAGAGAACGCAGGGAGGGAGCUAACAUAAAAAUCUGAAUCACCGGCAGAUGUACACAUGUGAUGUAAAAAUUUGUGUAACAGAGUCUAUAGGCAGUAGUGCAUAGCUUUACAAAUCUGUUUUACUCCUACUAGGGAUAGAGCCAGAUGUGAGUUAAAACCAUGUCUGUGUGAACUAAGAAUAGGUACUCUUUAGUUCUCUUCCACCUGUCUUACAACUAUAACCAUUAUCGUUUUUAUCUAGAUAAGAUGCACUCCUUUUGGCUGCUGGCAUUUUUUUUUCCUGAUGAUCACACAGAGACCUUCAUUGUCUGUGCCUCUUAAAUGUGGCAUUGCUUUUUGUAGGAUGUAUUUCCAGAGUGUUUGGCGGCUCAUGGUCAUUAGCACCUCUAACGCUAAAGACACUGGGUAAAGAACACGGUAUAAUUAUACCCCGGAACAUCUCCCAUGUGUGUCCCACAUAGGAGCCACAGCAUGGUAAGAAACUAUCCAGGGUGGAGGUUUUGAUUUGCGAGAUUUAGGUUCCUAAUACUGGUUUCUGGGAAUUAUCUCCUGUGAUAAAUUCCCCUUUACCUUGUAGUUACCAAAUUGUCUCUUUUGGUGGAACAGCAUAGUUUUCUUCAGCACAGACUUCUCAGAGUCUGUGGACAUUUUACAGAAAAGCUGAGAGUUCCUCCAAAGCAUGCCAGACCAGUGUCAGGAGCGUGGCUUACAUUUGCCCAAAUAACUUUGUUUCCUGGUCUAUUUUUAGUCUAUUAGUAGUUGAUAAGAGAAAAUCCAUCGGCAGCUGCUCACUGAGGCAAGUUUCUCACUCUGAGAUUAGUCAUAUUUGUCCUUUCGUGUAUAAAGCUGACUACCCAGGAGUGGCUACUGAUAGGGAAAUUUUAUUGCAGGUCACUGCCAUACUUAGUUGUUUUUUGUUUUGUUUUUUAAAUCCACCAGCAGACACCAAGGGACACAAGGUUCUUUGAACUCCUUUAAGCGACACCAUGCAAACUGUGGUGGCAAGUCAUGGUAACUGCCUUUCUUUCAAAGUAAGCCUGCAAAGAAUCUCAUGGAUGUGAGGCACUGUUCAAUUAUUAGAGAAGUAAAGCAAAAUAAGAGAAAGUCUGUCAAUGGGGAACAUAAUUUCCAACCCCUAGGAGUAUAUAUUAAUCUGCAAAGCUUCAAGCAAAUACCACUCUAAAACAUCUGGGCCCUGUAAGAAGGUAUGGAGAACGCCCUUCCACAACAGACUCUGAGCUCUUGUGAGUAAGGAAUGUUGUCAGCCUAAAUGUAGCCUUCCUUUUCUGCCUUGAGAUCCUUUCAAAAAACAAUUGGCAAGAAUCUGGUUUUGAAAAACUCCCCCCAACCCAGGAGGCAGAGGGGCAAUGAAAACUGAUCAAAUGUCUCAUUUAUCUUUGAGAAGCUGACUACAGAAAUCCUCAUAGCUUUGGGCAAACUUCCUCCUUUACAGAGCUCAGCCUCUGCGAUGCCACUGCUCGUUCACUCUGUGAUGCUCAAGACACUGAGAUCUAAGCCACCUGUCCCUCUGAGCAUAUUUGAAGUGCCAUAUUUGAAAACAGUGCCCUAGCACUUAGGACUUGAUUGACAGAUCUAAGAACCCGUUACCAGACCACAUAAGCCAAAGCCAACCCAUCGCACUCCUGAGUUCUCAUUAAGGUAGGCCAGGCUACAGCCCCCUGCCAGUCUAAAUAAUUAUGCUCGCCUCAGCCACACACAGAUACACUCUAGUUCCCUCUGUGGUGAUCUGGGAGUACCACCAUGGGGCCUGGAGUGAUUGGAUGUGGAAGAGACCCUGCAGAGACAUAAAUGUCUGGAAAGAGAAAGCAGUGCUCAGAGCAGGGGAGUCUGCAGGAAACCCUGGUGUUGGAGGUCCGUGCUGCUCCUUUGCUGUUAUUUCUGAUAAACUGGGUACUAUUAGUACUGUUGUUGAAUGAAGAUAGCAAUAUUGAAAUGGCAAAAAUGACCGGAAGCCUUCUACUGUUCUAGAGACUAACAGUGAGUUUGCUCUCUGUGAUGCCAACUUUGUAAUACCUUUGUAAUGACAACUCUGCCACCUUAUGGAGAUGAGUGGAAGUGACAAAGCAUUUCGCUCCAUGCCUGCUGUUAAAAUGACCUCUCGUCUACUUCCAGUUGCUUUUAAACCGUCAACAGUUUUACCAGCAAAAACAUACUUGUUUAAGAAAAUCUGUUUUUAAUAAUUCUCAGAUUGCUUGCUAACCAAGAUGUCUCUCAAACUUGGCUCUAGAACUCUAUGUAAAAAAAAAAAAACCUCAAGUGAUAUUUUGUAUUAAUACGAGUUUCUAUUAUCACAUAACACUGUGAAGUGACUUCUCUGUAUACUGGUGUCCUUUUCUAUCAUUUCUUGAGCUACCAAGUGAAGUACAUGAAAAUAAUUGAACUCUGUCAAGAACUUCCCUGUAUAAUAUUGGUAGCCUGUAGGAAAACGAGUCUUGCUUUUCUUACACAUAUAGGUAACAGGACUUGUUUUCGCAAGUUUUCAUUUUAUAUUUUGUGAUUCUACCUGUAUGGUAUAUUCCAUAGUCAUCAGAAUAUGUCAUUUAACCCAUACAUUUUAUGUCUCUCUGAACACUGAUUCUGAAUAAGUUUACGAGUUACAUGUAAUUAUUAUUUUCAACCAUGAAUAAAAGUGUACAUUGAAAUAGAA